UCUUCCCACCGCGCAUUAUUCGGGUUGUUUCCUCAAAUGCAAAUUUGUUUACUUCCAAAAUUUUAAUACUUUAUAAAAAAGUGAAAUUUUCUGUUUUUUGCACAUUUUUUAACAUGAAAAUGUGACCAAAUUACGGGUUUUGAAGUGAAGUGCAGAGAACUAAUGUAAUAAAUACUUUGAAAAGAAAAACAAUCAAAAUCACCUGAAAAAGUGAGGACAUUUUCAAACUUUAGAAGAAAAAUGUUUUCUUCAAAGAAUGAAGGGUUGUGGACGAAUUUCCUCCCGAAGAAAGUGAUUUGUAGUGAAAAUAUGUUGAUCUAAAAUUCUAAGAUUCUAACCGGAUGGAUUUUCGAUAAGAGUUUCCGAUCCGGGAAUACGAGAGAAUGUGAAGUGCAAAGAUGCGUGAAACGACGACUAGUGCAGCUGGGAAAAUCUGCCUCCUUUUAGUCCUUUUCCUCUUUGAUGGCGGCGCGUGCAUCAAGUGGUUAGCUUUGGGUCGAGCUUGGGAUGGCCUUGCUUGGACGAGAGAAGCUUGCACAGAGGUCCGAAAUUUGGGACUCUUGGAGAGAAAACAGGCCAAGGUUUGCAGAGCUACUUUAGAUGUGAUGCCAAGUUUCGUGCAAGCUGCUAAAGACACUUCGACAGUUUGCCAAAAAGCUUUUCAAAAUCGAAGAUGGAACUGUAGCAGCAUCGAUAGAGCCCCUGAUUACACGUCUGAAUUGGUCACAGGGACGAGAGAGCAGGCCUUUGUUUAUGCGAUGUCAGCUGCAGCUGCAGUGUGGAGACUAGCAAGGGGUUGUGCCCUAGGAAGUUUAGCAGCCUGUACUUGUGCAACUCCGCCAAGAAGGGAACCACCAUCUCCAUCAGCCUUGAUUUCCUCAUCAUCAUAUUCCAAAAAUUCUAUGUCCUUUGCCCUGUCAUCGAAAAAUUCUUUCAAAUGGGGUGGAUGUGGUGACGAUGUCAGAUCAGCGUCCAGAAUGGCUAAAAGAUUCCUUCAAGGUUCAAGUCCUCAAAGUGCUGGCGCGGUGGGAAAAUUCUUGCAUGCUGUAAACAUGCACAAUAAUAGGGCUGGGCGCAGAGCAGUGGAACAAUCUUUGACUUUGGAAUGCAAAUGCCAUGGAGUUUCCGGUUCCUGUAGUGUUCGUACUUGCUGGAGAGGAUUGGGGUCUUCAGGUCCCACAGUUGCAGGGGCUAGAUUACUUCGAAGAUAUGCCAGUGCUAUGGAAGUAACGCCCAGAACAGGGGGUAGAUUGCCUCCCCUUUACCAUCUCGAUAAUUUAUUAUACACUACAAAAAGUCCGGAUUACUGUUUGCCUGAUAAAAUGAAAGGUAGUCUUGGUACCAUUGGCAGGCAAUGCAAUGGAAGCAGUGCAGGAUACGAUGGCUGCGAAUACCUAUGCUGUGGUCGGGGUCACGUAACAAAAUCUCAGGAAAUCAUUGAGAGAUGCGAAUGCAAAUAUAUCAGUUGUUGCUAUGUAAAAUGCAAAACUUGUCGAAGAAUCAUAACCAACUACGAGUGCAACUAACAAAUUUUUUUAAGAAGUCUCCUUUUCUAUAAGAAUAAAAA